UUUUAUAAGGAUGAAAAUUAAAUUUCGCUAAUUUUAUAGAAAGAAAAAACAUAUUUAAUCCAUUACUUUAUCUUAUACUCGUUUUUAGUCCACAUAAAUUUUGCAUAAACAAUUCAUAAUCAAUGUGCUUACCAUACACAACCUUACAAACGUUUGGUUACAAGUUUUCAUUCAGCAGUUUCCUUGUGAGUUGCUUAACACAUCUCACAACCAUACCAAUUACCAACCAUGUGAAGAAAAAGUUAAGAAUAAAGUUGUUGUUUUGUUAUGGUCUUGUUAAAUUAUUAAAAUGAAGUUAUGGUCUUGGAUUAAAUUAUUAAAAUAAAAUCUGAACUAACAUGUGACAGCUACAUAUUAUGCAUAUGCAUACAUGAUCGGAAUUUGAGCGAGCUAGACUUGUGUGAGUCAAAAACAGAAAACAAACCAAUUGAUGGGUUGGGCAAUAGCUCUACAUGGCGGCGCCGGCGUCCCAUAUUCACUUCCACCGGAACGCCGUCAACCACGCGAAGAAGCCCUCCGUCACUGCCUCCAAAUCGGUAUCAAAGCUCUCAAUUCCAAAAUGACGCCUCUAGAUGUCGUUGAACUUGUUGUUCGCGAGUUAGAGAUCAUUCCACACUUCAAUGCAGGAAGAGGUUCUGUUCUCACCAACAAAGGUACAAUUGAAAUGGAAGCUUCUAUAAUGGAUGGUAAUACUAUGAAAUGUGGUGCUGUUUCUGGUCUUACUACUGUUGUUAAUGCUGUUUCGUUGGCUCGUUUGGUUAUGGAGAAUACUCCUCACAUUUAUUUGGCAUUUGAUGGAGCUGAGGAAUUUGCUAGACAACAAGGAGUUGAGACUGUAGAUUCAAGCCAUUUCAUUACUGAAGAAAAUAUUGAAAGACUAAAUCAGGCAAAAGAAGCAAAUAGGGUCCAGAUUGAUUAUACCCAACCCAUCUAUAAUGAUACUAAGAGUGGAACAGAAACACCAUUUGCUAAUGGUGAUAGUCAAACUGGAACUGUUGGAUGUGUAGCUGUUGAUAGUAAUGGGAAUCUAGCUUCUGCAACAUCAACUGGUGGAUUAGUGAACAAAAUGGUCGGUAGAAUCGGCGACACAUCAGUCAUUGGUGCUGGAACAUAUGCCAAUGAACUUUGUGCAGUUUCUGCAACAGGAGUAGGCGAAGUAAUAAUUCGCGGGACAGUAGCAAGAGAUGUGGCAGCAUUGAUGGAAUUCAAACGCCUUUCUCUGAAAGAAGCUGCUAAUAUUGUUAUACACGAGCGCACACCAAAGGGUACCGUUGGUUUGGUUGCUGUUUCUGCUGCAGGAGAUAUUGCAAUGCCUUAUAACACACCAGGCAUGUUUAGAGCUUCUGCUACUGAAGAUGGGUAUUCUGAGGUUGCAAUUUGGUCAGAACCCAUAAUUGAAUGAUCUUUAGACUUAUCUGAUUUCCAAACUUAAUUUACUAUGACAUUUUUUAUUGAUGGUUCAUCUAUGGUUUUAUCAUAUGGAAAUCUUUGUUUGUCAAGGUACAUAUUGCUGUUUGGUCCCUGACCUUGCUUGCUAUUAUUAUAGUUUGUCAUAUAACUGUUUAAUAUAUGUUACUUAUUUUAAUAAUGUAGUAAUAUAACUGAUCAAAUGAAAUAAAUAGAAAAAUGUUGUCGUUUAA